CUCUGCUGCACAGUCAUGUUCACUGCCGAGGCUCCCGCUGAGCCGGCUGUCCUAGCGGAGCCCAGUGCUGCCGAAGCCCCCGGAGUCUCGGAGCGCGAAGAGCCGACUUGGCCUUGGAAAGAUGCCCCGAUCCGGACGCUGGUGCAGCGCAUCCACCAACUGCAGGCUGAACGUUCGCAGGCCUUCCGCCGCUUGGAGGAAGGCCAUCGCCAGUACCUGCAGAGCGGCCCGCCCUGCGACUUUCCGCGCUACCGGAAUACGGUGCACGAGGUGACCCAGACCUUCGCUGCCGCCUCGCGGGAGGUGCUGGCUGUGGAGGCAGAAUUUGCCGGGCCGCGAGCGCAGCCGCUUCUCGCCGGCCAUGUGCGCAGCCUUCAGCAACUGGAGCAGACACGUCUGGCCACGGUGGCCCUGCUGCAGUUGCUGGGGACACCGGAGCUGACUGAGCAGGAAGACACCAUACAGAUGGACCAGCUGAAGAUCAAGGUAAUUAAAACCAUGGAGGCGAUCAGCGAGGUCCUCCAGGAUCUCAGGUUUGAUGCAGAAUCUGCUGAGUGAUGGUGGCUCCCAAGGGAUGUACUGAGGGAAAUGGGGUGGAUGGCGUCCAUCCCAGCCCUGACCACCUGCUGGUGGGGGUUGCACCCUGCUGUGCUGCUGACCCUCACCUGUGCUGCACCUCCCACAAUAAAGGACCUUUUAUCCAUA